UUUCGGCCUUAAAGCUCGUAGCUUUGUAGGGUUCGACCCUCUAUUUUCCCAGAUUUUCACUGCAAUUUUUGUCUCUUGGCUUCAAGGGGUUUUGCUGGGCUUCUUUUUGCCCUAUAGUUUGCAGGGAUUCAUCUGGGAGGAAGUUUUCGUUGUUUUCAUUUUCUGAGGGAACUUCACCAUGUCUGACGGGUAUUCUAAUUCGAAGAAGACUGAUGACAUCUGCGAGGAUGUUUGUGGUCAGGGUACACGUGCAGUUUUGAGCAUGUCAAGACUUCGGUGUAUUUUGAGAGGGUUACACCUCAAUGCCUUGCUGCUCUUAUUUGUGUUCAUUCCAGCCGGCAUCUUCGUUCUCUAUUUGCAUGGGCAGAAAAUUACAUACUUUCUGAGACCACUUUGGGAAUCUCCUCCAAAGCCCUUCCGAAUUCCUCAUUACUAUCAUGAAAAUGUGUCUAUGGAGACGCUUUGCAGACUUCAUGGCUGGGGAAUUCGUGAGUCACCAAGACGAGUCUUUGAUGCCGUUUUGUUCAGUAAUGAACUCGACAUCCUUACUAUCCGUUGGCAAGAAAUGAGUCCACAUGUGACUCAGUUUGUACUUCUUGAAUCAAACUCAACAUUUACAGGAUUGCCCAAACCGUUGAUUUUUGCUAGCAACAGGGAGAAAUUCGGUUUUGCAGAGUCCCGACUGACAUAUGGGGUGAUUGGUGGAAGAUCUAAGAAGGGAGAAAAUCCUUUUGUUGAAGAAGCAUAUCAAAGGGUAGCCCUGGACCAACUUCUGAGAAUAUCAGGUAUAGAAGAUGAUGAUCUCUUGAUCAUGUCUGAUGUUGAUGAGAUUCCUAGCGCCCACACGAUCGAUCUCUUGAGGUGGUGCGAUGAUAUCCCACCAAUUCUUCAUCUCCAAUUGAGGAAUUACUUGUACUCUUUUGAGUUCUAUCUAGACAACAAAAGCUGGAGAGGAUCAGUCCAUCGGUACCAGAAGGGCAAGACUAGGUAUGCACACUUUAGGCAGUCUGAAGUCUUAUUGUCAGAUGCUGGUUGGCAUUGUAGCUUUUGUUUCCGCCAUAUCAGUGAAUUCAUAUUCAAGAUGAAAGCUUACAGUCAUUAUGACCGCGUGAGGUUCCCUCAUUACCUGAACCCGGAUAGGAUUCAGGAUGUGAUAUGCAAAGGGGCUGACCUAUUUGACAUGCUCCCUGAGGAGUACACGUUCAAGGAGAUUAUUGGGAAGAUGGGGCCGAUUCCUCGUUCUUUCUCAGCAGUACAUCUUCCGGCAUAUUUGUUAAAUAAUGCAUCAAAAUACGAGUAUUUGUUGCCUGGUAAUUGCAGAAGGGAAAGUGGCUGAGUUUGAAACAUUGUGAUGUUUCCUUUAGGAUUGGUGAUUGAUAUGUAUACGGCCAAAUGCAGCUCUAGUGGAUGAUAAUGUUCACUGCUUUGAAUUCAGGUUCAUUCUUUAGAGAUAGAUUGGGAGGAAAUUUCAGUUUUUUAACAGAAAGCUCUAUAUUCAUUGACUGGGGGGUUUUGUAACAAUACUGUGGGAUGUGAGCUGAGCUUUUUAGUUGAGAGGACCUUUUUAAUAGUAGCAUGAGAUUCCCCCAAUGUUUUUCUCAUGGGAAUUUGUAUUUCUUGGCCUGUAAUACAUGUAUAUUUGUUGUUCAGUGACUCGUCUGCUGACCUGCUUAUGCACUUCAUUUUGAUCAGCAUGUUCA